AUCACGAUGUGUUGGGAGUGGGAAAUUCCGCAGUGACUGACGGGGUAUGGCGACGUGUAACAUGAACUGUUUUACUGUUUUCGAUUUCCGGUGCCCAAAUAAUUAAAUCUAAACCCGCAAGCAAUAAAUAUUUCGUUAUAUCUGGUGUAUUUUUACAAGCAGUACGGCAAAUUCAAUUGUACAAUCAUGAAUUACAAUCAUUCAAGUGCACGUCGAGGAAAACCAAAAAGGAUAUUAGAUCCGAAUGCUGGUUUAGCUACGUCAUUUAUGCCGCAGAAUCCAUAUAUGUACGAUCAACAGCAAGUUCCUAUGAACAAUGGUAUGGUACCUGAGUAUGGUUUCAAUGUACCAGAACAACCCCCGCCAGCGUAUGGAUUCAGUCCAUCUCCAAUACCAAAUUACCCACCUAGCGAAAAUUAUGGAGAAAAUUAUUCGCCACAAUUUACAACACAAUUAUUAACGCAACCAGUAAUUACAAAUAUGGCUGUACAAUAUGGAAAUGCUUUGGUAGGGACUGGGAAACAGCAAUUUGAAAGAUUUGUGCCAAUUACAGCUUUAAGAUACUAUUUUGCUGUCGACACAGACUAUGUUUUUACAAAACUAGCCUUGUUGUUCUUCCCGUUUUCUCACAAAGACUGGUCUCUGAAAUAUGAACAGGGUGUACCAUUGCAACCACGUUACGAGAAAAAUGCGCCUGAUAUGUAUAUACCAACAAUGGCGUUUUUAACAUACAUAGUAUUGACUGGAUUAGUUUUAGGGAUUUCUGAACGCUUUAAUAUAGAGGAAUUAGGUAUUGGAGCUAGUUCUGCUCUCGCAUGGGGCAUUAUGGAACUGGUAGUGCACACUGUAACUCUCUAUGUAAUGAAUCUUGAAACGAGUCUUUCAACAUUCGAUUUAUUGUCUUAUUGUAGCUACAAAUACGUUGGAAUUAACGCGGCUCUUCUAGGUGCAUUAGUAUUUCGAAAACUUGGUUAUUACACAGUUUUGCUAUACUUUAGCGGAUCUUUAGCUUUUUUCCUUACGCGGUCGUUAAAAUUGAGGGUUAUACCACAGAAUCAUAGUUCUUAUACAGCUUAUGAUAACAAAAGGAGACUCUAUUUUAUAUUGUUCGUAGCAGGAAUUCAGCCGGUCUUCAUGUGGUGGUUAUCAUAUCACUUAAUUUAAUCGGUAACCACGUAAAACAACUGGAAGUAUGUUUUGAAAACGUAUAUCCAUGUGAUUAUUCAUGUAUCUUAUUAUCAUUUACGCAUUUUUCUAAUAAAAACAUUCAUUAAAAGAAUUUCUACUAAUUAAGCGACCCUACUAUUUGUAAUAUACGCUGAAAAGUAAAAUGUAUAUUAGUUCUGUAUUUAUGAAAAAGAAACGUGAAAAAUCAUUGGUAAUUGGUUUUUGAAACUAGUACAUUUUUUAACCCUUAAGUAGAUGCACGGGAGUUUGUAAAGCUUCCAAUUUGUUUCUUUCUAUUUAAAUUAUAAAUAAAUAGUACUUUUGUCAUACUUUUUUUAUGUAAAUAGUGUGAGUUUUUUAAAAUUGGAGUAAAAAAUAACCAACAUUAGCAAAUAGCAUAUAAUAUACUCCAGUAAGUGUUUUCUAAAAAGCCUCUGUGUGUAUAUACUUAAGGGUUAAAUAAAUUUGUCUAAGGGUCAGGCUUGUUUGUUUUUAUUUAAUGUAAACAAAAUUAAUUUAUUCAGU